UUUAUACCCAUUUGCUAGCUAUAAAUACGGCAAGUAGCUCGAUUGUAGUCAGUUGAAGCUGCGCUUUGGAACUGCUCGAAAUGAAAACGUUUGGAUUAAUUGCUCUUGCUGUCUGUGGGGUUCUUUGCGUUGUUGCGGAACCUCAGAAAACCUACGACGGUCGCGAUGGUCCCCAUGUCUUUGGAACCCCGGGCAAUCAGGUCUAUAUAAGGGGUCAAAAUGAGGGCACCUAUAGCGUGCCGGAUCGGGGCCAGUUCACAAUUCUGCCCCGGAUAUCUUAUAGCUCCCAUGAGCUGGGCAACACAUUUGUGAACCGCAAGAAUGCGGGUGGCCAAGCUUCCCACUCGAUCAGUGGUCCCAGUCUCUCCGCCCAAAACCCGGGUCCCGCCAGUCAGCAGGGUUCCUAUGGAGCACUGGAGCCCAGUCGCAGUCCCAGUAGUCGCAUAGACCAGCGCACCGUAGUCGUCGGUAACGGAGGAGUUUUCUUCCAGCGCAACCGCGCAGCCCGCAGUUCCAUGUUGGCGCAUCGCACUAAUUUCGGCAAUGGUAACUUAUCCGUUAAAAGGUUCCGUCGCGGAAUCAACGAUCCCUAG